CUUGAUAUAGGUGGUUGAGAGUCACUCCGCUAGUUUCUCCUCUCUCUUGCUAUUUUUUGAUAUGGAGAACACGAAUCGAACACAGGGGACCACCGUCCUUGCAGCCAACGCACACAGAAAAGCAUCCGAUAUCCCCCCUUUCCCUCCAGGCUGAUAGCAUGCCGUCGGCAAUCGCACAUCCGCCCAACAAUGGCAUCACCAAGCUUACCAACUGCCGCCUAGUCCGCGGCGAUUCUCUGGUUGCCGAGGAUCUCUGGAUCAGUUCCAAGACGGGAAAGAUCAUUCGCAGCCAGUCGACCUUCUAUGAUGAGCUCGUCUUGCCGGAUCAGACCAUCAAUCUGGGAGGCCGGAUAGUCUCGCCCGGUCUGAUAGAAUGCCAACUAAACGGGGCUUUCGGCUUCAAUUUCUCCACCAUCAUGGAUGACAUGUCACAAUAUGGGAAGAAGAUUCGGGAGCUGAAUAGGAAACUCGUCGAGACCGGCGUUACUUCAUAUGUCCCGACAGUCACCAGUCAAACCAGCGAGCUGUACCAAAAGGUCCUCCCAUUCCUCGGCCCAUCUGGCCACCUGCAGGCCGCCGAAGACGGGGCCGAGUCCCUCGGUGCUCAUGUCGAAGGCCCCUUCCUGAACCCUACCAAGAACGGCAUCCACAGCCGCGACGUCCUCCGCGAGGCAUGGAGUUUCAAGGACCUCGAGGACAUGUACGGCGCGUCAAACAUCAACCGCGGCGCGUCCGGCGCCCCGGGCCCCGUGAGGAUGAUCACGGCGGCGCCGGAGCAGGGCCGGAUGACGGACAUUAUCCCGGACAUCCGGUCGCGCGGGAUCAUCUGCUCAAUCGGGCACUCGGAGGCGACGUACGAGGAGGCGUCGGCGGCGGUGGAGCGGGGCGCGACCAUGAUCACGCACCUGUUCAACGCCAUGCGGCCCCUGCACCACCGGAACCCGGGCAUCUUCGGCGUGCUCGGCAUCGCCGAGUCGCUGCUCCGGCCGCGGCCCUUCUUCGGCGUCAUCUCCGACGGCAUCCACCUGCACCCGACAACGGUAAAGAUCGCCUGGAACGCACACCCGGACGGGUUCAUCCUCGUCACCGACGCCAUGCACCUGGUCGGCUUGCCCGACGGGUCGUACCAGUGGACCAAUGGAGAUGACCUGAAUUACAUCGUCAAGAAGGGCGCAGUGCUGCUGCUAGAGGGCUCGGAUACCAUAGCUGGCAGCUCCAUCACCCUGAUCGAGUGCGUCAACAACUUCCUCAACUGGUCCGGCGCGCCGAUCCCGCAGGCCCUCAAGGCGGUCACGGCGACGCCCGCGGCGAUGCUCGGCAUCGUGGGUACUAAGGGGACGCUGGACGCCGACGCCGAUGCGGACCUCGUCAUCCUGUCAGAAGAGCAGACCGCUGAGGGCGGGAAGAGUCUGGUGGUGGACGAGGUGUGGAAAUUUGGGUCUAGGGUCUUCGCUCGGGAGUGAGGAUUGAGGCUGGGGUGUCUAAAGGAGGAGAUCCAUCUACCUGCAAUCACUGGAAAUAAACAAGGUGACUUGACUGUAGUUGAAAAUGGGUCGUUUGAUGAGCAAGAUGUGACUGGUUUUGGCGCCACGUAGAUGGUCGGCAGGAUAUGCUGUGCAAAUUUCUAUAGAUGUAGAAAUAUGAAUAGACGUGCGAAUACGUUUUGGGCGGC